AUGCCAGCCCAGUACGCCAUCCCGCCGCCCUCAAGCAACAGCGCGCCGACUCGCUCCACAGCAGCCGCAAUGCCCCCACCACCACCGCCACCAGCACAGCAUCCCGCACCCCUCCCCUCCAGCGCCGGCGUCCCACCUCCCCCUGCCCCGCCAUCCUCAUCCGCAAUCCCGCAGCCCUCGCCCUUCGAGUCCGGCCAACAACACCCCCCAGCCGCCCCCGGAGCACCAACCCACGGCCACCGCGCGCGCCACUCCCUCGAGCACCCGCCCAACUACGCGCAGAACCCCUACAUCGACGGGAGUGCCGCGCAGCGGAACGCGCUGCUCGAUGCGGCCGAGGCGGAGCGGAGGGAGCGGAAUAGCGUUGGUGCCUGGGUCGGUGCUGUUGGGGAGAAGCUGAGGGAGGUUGAGGAGGGGGUUUGGAGGGUUGUCGGUGGGGGGAAGUGA